AGCCGCUUUCCCGACUCGCCGCAUCGUCGUCGCGUGGCGCUGGCUACAGCUGCGUGUGACCGUUGUUGAGCUUUUCUCUUUCUCAUUGAACCGACUGCCAAGAGCGGCCGCGUUGCGUGGACCGCUCCCCGGCUCCGGCGAGCGCUCAACCUCCGUCGGCGUGGUGUAUCUUCGCCGGCCCAAAGAGGACGCAAUAUUUACAUCUGCGUGCGUCGGCGCGCUUUGCCACCGGAGCCCCGAAUAAUUUGGUGUGUGCGUGCGCGCGCGUGUGGUGGUAGGAUAAUAUAGGGUCAACGGGUGGACACUUUCUGCACCAAUGCAAAACGGCAGCUAUACCUCGCUGAACAAAACGGCGGACGGCGAUGGCCGGCGCAAGAGCUCGGCCAGCGCCGGCAGCGACGACACACGCGGCAAGUUCGGCAGCCGCAUCGAGUCGCUACUGUACUGCAUCGGCUUCGCCGUCGGCAUCGGCGACGUCUGGCGGUUCCCCAUCCUGGUCUACCAGAAUGGAGGAGGCGCCUUCUUCGCAGCCUACGUCAUCGUCAUGAUUCUGGUCGCCAUUCCCUUGUUCACCAUGGAACUGGCGCUCGGUCAGUUCUCCAGCCUCGGACCGAUUGCCGUGUGGAAGUGUCUACCGGUGGCUCAAGGCAUCGGCGUCGCCAUGGUGGUGAUGUCGCUGCUGGUGGCCAUCUACUACAACGUGAUCCUGUGCUACACGCUCUACUACCUGGCACAGUCGUUCCGGUCGGUGCUGCCGUGGGCCGACUGCUACGAGUGGUGGGGCGCGGACCCGGAGACGUGCUACGUGCGAUACGACAACCACACCAAAUGCAGAGACGUUCCAGAGGUGCUGUGGCGGACGUACGGUGGUUCUAGCAGUAGCAACAUGAGCAGCAUCAGCACUGAGCUUUUCCCUUCAAGUGACGUAGUCUGGCUCACAUCGGCAGUGCAUGGCGCCAACUUCUCGGUGCCAGUGGAGGCGUUCCAGACCAUCAUGGCCAACUGUUCCAACGCGACUCAGACGGCGGCAGAACAGUUCUGGGAGAAAUACGUCCUGGACCUGUCCCCGAACAUUGAAGCGGUGGGCGGCAUCAAGUGGGAUCUCUGCCUCUGCCUCUUCGUCAGCUGGCUGAUCGUGUUCCUCUGCCUCAUUCGUGGCGUGUCUUCCUCAGGAAAGGUGGUCUACUUCACGGCGACCUUCCCAUACGUGGUGCUCUUCAUCCUGCUCGUCAAGGGCGUCACCCUGAGCGGCUCCGGACAGGGCAUCGCCUACUUCCUCGUGCCGGACUUCACCAAGCUCACCGACCUCAACAUAUGGAGGCGGGCAACGGAACAGGUGUUCUACUCACUGGCUAUCUCGUGGGGAGGCCUCAUCAUGUCCGGAAGCUACAACCCAUUCCGCUAUGCCAUACAAAUUGACGCGUCCAUCGUAGUGGUGGCCGACCUGAUCACAAGCUUGCUCGGCGGUAUCGCCAUCUUCGCCGUUCUGGGCCACAUGUCUCUGGAACUGCAGGUGCCCAUAGAGGAGGUCGCCAAGGCUGGUCAAGGCCUGGCCUUCGUCAUCUACCCCGAGGCUCUGACCACAUUCUGGUGCCCGCAGCUGUGGUCUUUCAUCUUCUUCUUCAUGCUCUACCUACUCGGAAUUGACAGCGAGUUCCCGCUUCUGCAGACGACGCUGACCGUGCUGUCGGACACCUUUCCCGUGCUCCGCAAGUACCGCAGCCUCACCGCACUCAUCGCCUGCACCACCUGCUUCAUCAUCGGACUCACCUGUGUCACUCAGGGCGGCCAGUACGUGCUGAACCUGCUGGACACCUACUGUGCCGGCGUGUCUGCGCUGUUCAUCGCCAUGUGCGAAGUCAUGGCACUCAUGUGGCUGUACGGUGUGCGACGUUUCUCUAACGACAUCAAGUUCAUGCUGGGCAAGUCGCCCCCGUGGAUCUUCCGCUUCAGCUGGGCAUUCCUGUCACCACUCAUCCUAUGCGUUCUAGUGGUGUACGGCCUAGCCAUGGCCGCCCCCGUCAUGUACAACAACGUCGAGCCGUAUCCAGCGUGGGCCAACAGGGUCGGCUGGUUCUUGGCCUCCUUGUCAAUGAUCCAGAUCCCGCUCUGGGCGGGCGUGGCGCUCUUCAGGGCCAGAAAGAACAUUCGCUCGGCGUUCGAGCCGACGGACACGUGGGGCCCUGCGGAGAAGAAGCUUCUCCAGGAGUACCGAGCGACGGUGGCCAACACCAAGGACAGGACUUGCAAUGUGGCGCUGCGGACAGUGUCCGCGAACGGAACGGCGGCUUAACUUAUUCUGUCCCAGUGCUUCACCGAAGCUAGUUCGUUUCGAUUUACUCAGACUCGGCUGCAGCGUGUAGAAUAAUUUGCUUCCUGCUUGGCGGGAUGAGGAUGAAAAAAGAAACGGGGCCAUCGAAUUUAGAAGAGCUCGUCGACACAGAUUUCUUACAGGACCACGCACCCCACCCUUGCAAGGGCAAGGGCCUGGAGUGUUGCGCCGUUGAUGGGAAAGACACGGUUUCGAUUACGUAUGUCUGUGUGAGAGAGAAUUACUUUAUUGAAACAGUUCCUUGUCCUAACCGUCGAUGGGAUGAUGUUAACACUUUCGUUAGUUUAGGGCACUACGCAUUCACAUCGUUUCGGACAAGGAGUGGCUGUGUAACUGUUUCGACGAAGGACUUAUUAUUUUUGGACACUAAUAUUUUUAAUGGAAGGACUGUCGUUCUCAGUGUAGCCGAUGCACUGACUUUCGCUCUGUUUGAGCUGGAGUGUGCCGUUAAGCCGCCAUGUUGAACAGCGCUUGUGGUGCCAUCUUUUAUAGAGCGUCAUGAGGAAGCACAUUAUAAGGAUGGCCUCCGAGAUUCCUAGCGACCGCGCGCCGCCGCUCGAUGUCGGAGGCCUUGUUUAUCUGCGAGAUGGGACGUAAUCGUAACCGUCGUAAUCGUAAGAUAAUUUUCUCUGGUCACGUGCCAUCACGUAAGCGGUAGUAAGAACCCUGUGUCGUGAAACCGUUCCGUGAACGCCACGGUUAUCCUUCCAGAAUUUCGCGUCGAGAUUUGCACUACAUUGUGUUCAUUGUCAGUUCACAGAGCUUUCGUCGCUUCUGACAGAUGGCGUCGCCAGCGUAUUAAAUGUGGCGGAGUCCUGCAGCUGCAGGAUGGGCCAAGUCGAAUAAUACGCCGUUCAUGUCGAUAUCCCUAACCUACAUACGUGUCGAUCUCUUCGGACUAGGCGAGCGUUAUGUGCGUAAUUGCUCGCAGUUAAUAAGAUAAUUUUUCGACCCGUUCGGCGUUUACGGAAGCAGAUGAAUCUACACUAGCCAUUUCGGCAGUUUUUAAAACGAACGAACCCGGUGAGUGCGUCUUUCCUGAAGAUGUACGUUCCUGAUAGUGGUCUGAUGGACGAAUUCCGAGCGAUGUUCGAGCAUCACCGAUGCGGAUUGAAAUUGUUGUUCCAUCGCAACUACGACGCGUGAAGAGAGAAAAAAAAAAGGACAUCUGUGCCGCUGUGCGGCUGCUCUCGUCUAAACAGAAAGAAAAAUAAAAAAAAAUAAUGAGAAAUGCGAACGAAAGAAAACGCAGAGUGCGAAAUCCUGUAUGUCAGUUGAUGCAUUCAUGUCUCUGUUUACAAAGAAACUUCGCGAAACUUAAUCUCCAUUGUACUUUGAGUCUGCGACAAACUGGCAGACUCAAAGUUCGUCUGCUUAGUCCAUAUACGCGUAUACCCUCAUCGCAAUUCUAAACUUACCCUUGAUGUUUGUAACUCUGCAUGCUUAUGUAUAACUCUGCCGGUUAGCAGAGUUCAACCUGUCUCAAACAUUCUAUGAAUGUUUACUUGUUUCAUUAUUUCGGACAAUCAGUUUUUUACGUGCGUUAUUCGUGCCUCCUCUUCUCAAAACUUUCCCUAUGUUCAUUUACACAGGAGGACAUCCACAUACGCUUUCGUUAUGUUUUUCCCGCACACUUGUACAUAUCGGAAUACUUGACGGUAAAUGCUGUUUUCCAUGAUUGCAUCGGCGCAUCUUAUGCGAUAAACGACAAUUGCGUUCAAAUAGGACGUUCUUCUCAACCUACAUUACCUCAGCAUGUCGGCUGUCUGUGAUCGAUGAGAAAAUGCGAGGAUCUCGCGAUUCUAGCGGAGUACACCUCGCGAUCAAAAUUAUAACUCUGUGUGUGGUCAAGUGACUAAAUGUGGUAUAACAAGGAAUGUCGCUCAAGCCUUCAGCGACAUUCCUUGUUCUACCACAGUAAAUCAUUUCAACUAUCUUAUCUUUCUGUGAGCCUCUCUCUUGUUCGUGUAUGGUCAAGGCACAUGUGAAACGCAGACUUUGCAGUCUGAAAAAAAAAAAAAAAGUAGCACCCUGUGGGGGCUUAUCGUCGCUCUACAAUUAUAUUGAUUUAUCUUUGCUUCCGGUUACUUUAUUUAAUGCUGCGCUGCCAGUACACUCUCAAGUCACGAAAGUGCCCGGGGCGUACCAGUGUGGCAUAUAGAGUUCCUAACAGGAAAGUAGCCAGCGCAGUUUGUUAGCCCUUUCUGGUCCAAGGAUUCUUGCAUGAUCGGAAUAUAAUGCUUUGCAUUAAAAAUCCGAUACGGAGAAAAACAAACACCAAAAACAAUCUUAGAAUAAUCUGGGCGUCAGCAUCUUUAAUUAUGUUGUCUGUCAAUUCCGUGGGGCAUAUUAAAUGUGGUUCCCCGUGACAUUUCACAAAUGUCCGGGCGCCGCAUCAAGCGGAAGUUACACCGUAAUGAUUAGGAAAUAAGUUCGAAGAUACACGCGCUGCCUCCAACGGCUUGAUUUAUGAGCAGAUUAUGAGACAAGCAUUUCAUACGUUGCCAAAAACUGCUUCGAUAAUUUUUCUUUUUUUCCCCCCACUUUUGUUACGCAGAUACACACAUAAAUUUCUCACUUCAGUGAUAAAAUUCGGACCAGAAAGCGUUAAAGAAAGGAGCUGCCCGGAAUAUAGAUAGCAAUUAUUUUUUGAGGAUAGUGAUAAGCCCCGAAGUGUGUAAAAAUCUCUUUAGAAUGUGUUGUUAUCGGGGGCCAUGCUGUAUCCUACAUUCAUAUACGAAGAGUAUAUUCGAGGGAAGAUCAAGGAACUGCGCCACAAGACAAAGUACUGAACAUGCCCACUGCAUGUUGGAAACACGAAGCAGUUCUUGUGCCUACAUAUAAGAACACAACUUCAUUGUUCACUGGGCUUCGUCACGCACAGGUAUCGAAUUGUUACAAGACGAGCGGUCAACUUGUCUCGCGGAGUUCUCUGUUCAUGGAACAUUGCGAACACUCCAGAAUUAAAAUGCAUUUUGUUAUUUCUG